AUGAAAAGUGAAAAACCACACCACACGCUUGCUGAUAUAUGGCGAGAUAAAGGUAAUAUAAGAACACCGGCAUGCAUACCACCAAAUCUACUACACUUUACGUAUCCCUAUUCUUGUUCUUCUUCUUCCUCUGCUGCUGUUGCUGCUACUACUAAUACUACUAAUACUAGUAAUAAUAAUAAUAGUAAUAUUACUACUACAGCAACAAAUACGGUUAUGAGUAAACAGCAUACCACUAUGAACACAGCGGCUAAACCCACAACUACACGCCGCACACCAUCAGGCGUUCCUACACUACAUCUAAACUUUGGCGAAAACUACGGUAAGAGUAGACAUCAUCAGAGUCGUGGAAACAGUAAAGAACUUACAGUUUCUCAUAGUCAAGGUACACGUCGUGCGAGACGGAUAUCUACAGCCAUGUCUAGUCCAUCCAGUACUAGAACUAUUACAAAUGCCAAUGCUACUAUUACUACUAAUGCUAGUAGUAGUAAUAAUCUUAGUAGGAAAUCAUCUGUGAUCAUUUCACCCACAAAUAUGAGUCUUCCACCUACAAACAAAUCCCGAAUGAAGCGUCAAGGCACAUAUAAUAGUUUACAUUCACAUCCCAGUGAACCGCACUCACCUGUGGGGUCCAGAAUGAUUUCUCAUCGUGAUAGUAUUACAACAGGAGGAACAGAAAAAACACAUAUCUUAUCAAGUACAAAACGUAGUGAGCCAUCUAGGCGAAUAAAAGUUGUUGGUCGUGUUCUGUUCAAUGAUGAGAAUAGACACAGUGUAGAGAAGAGUAAUAGUGAAAGAGAUGGAAAAGGAGGAGAUGAGGAGAGAGGCGAUUUCAUUAGGAAUUUUUCACACGCCCAAACACUCUUAACGAUGCCGGAAUUCCGAGAAGGAUCUCAACAAGAUCAAGCGAUUAGUAAUGGAGGAGGAGUAGGAGGAGGAAGAUUUAGAAGAAUUAGCACAAGUCUAUCUACAGUAGGAGGAACAACAGGGAUAAGAAGUACAGUCAAAAUGAAAAUGAAUAAAGAAGAAAAAAUAGAAGAUUAUAGUAGUAUGGCCUCUGGUUCUCGUAGUUAUGUUGGAGCGGCUGUUGGAAGUUCUGGUCAAAAACCAUUUAUUCGAUUGGCAAGUCGUGGAGGAUCUUUUUUUCGAGUAAUGCCUCCAUUAGCCGCACAUGAAACGAGUGAAGAUUCCCGUUUUCAGAAUAGACAAGUUAGUAGUCCUAAUCGUGAUUCCAGUAAAUGUAUGAGUUCCAAAAGUACCCUGGUAGAAAGAGAUAGUAAUACUAUUUGUAUACCUCCCAACUCUGUGUUUAUAUGUAAUGAUCGUGUGGAAGAAAAAAAGAAAAAAGAGGAUAGGAAAAGAAAUCUCAAACAAACAUUAAUGGAGGGAAUGGAGUUGCAGCAACAACAACAACAACAGACAACAGUGCCUUUUAAACGUGCAAACACAACAGCUGUGACCUCAUCUAGUUGGAGUUCUACCAAUAGAAGUAAAUAUCUUGCAAAUGCUGGUUCUACGACUCAUAUUACUCAUAGUAAUACUAUUAAUACUACUACUAAUACUACUACUAAUACUAAUACUAAUACUACUAGGACUAGUACGAGUAAUAAUACGGAUUCUAGUGUUGGGUAUCAAGGAUCUUUUAAUCCUCUGGAAAGACCGUUAUCACGUCAAGUUAGUCAAUUAUGCCUUACAGUCCUUAAAGAACGUGAACUGCGACUUAAGCAGCAGAAAUCUAUGAAUGACGUUAUUCCACUUAAUAUCACUGACCCCAAACAACAACAACGACGAGAAAGACGAGAAAAAGAAAAAGAGAAAGAGAAAGAGAAGGAAGAACAACAACAACGAGAAAAAGAAAAAGAGAAAGAGAAAGAGAAGGAAGAAGAAAAAGAACAACCAUCAUCUAGUUCUCCUCUCUAUAGUCCUCCAGCCUCUACUAUUCACUUGCAGGGUUCCGAUAGUGGCGUACUGGGAAAGUUUGUUUCUGCUUCUUCUGUACUCCAUUGUGUGAGAGGUGUGUUGGAAACACGUCGAACCUCACAUUUACGUGAACAUCAUACUUCUUCUACUAUAGUAAAGACAACAACAACGUCAACAACUAUUAAUAAUAAUACUACUAUUAAUAAUAGUACUACUACUGGUAAGUCUUCUUCUUCCCCUAUUAGGGAAUCCAAUAAUGUUGUGUAUAAAGUGAGUAGUAGUAGUAGUAGUGGUUCCACUGGAAAUACAGCUCCUGUGGAGGAGGCGGCGAGUCGUACAGUGUUAACAGAUCAAUCAACAACAAAAACAAAAACAACAACAAAAGUAGUUGCUGCCACUAAACCCAUUAUUAGUACCAAAUCUCAUAUACCGGGUGAGAUUGUAGAAGCCGCACCAGUACCACUACCAACAUCCACAUCCACAACAUCACUAGUAGAAGCGACCACAACGACGAUAUCAAGUAGUGAAUCCAGCAGAGAAGCAACGGAAGUGCCAACAGCGGAGAUCACAACAGAGGUGAAGUCUAACAACAUCCAUCCAGCAUCCCACUAUCAUUAUCAUAAUAAUAAUAAUAAUAAUAAUAAUAAUAAUAAUAAUAAUAAUAAUAAUAAUAAUAAUAAUAAUAAUAUUAGUAUAGAGGCCUUCGAGUUGGAUAUAGAAGAGUGGGAUGCGGAUGAGGAUACCUGGUGGUCCUUUCAUGCCUACUGGUGUGGAAGUGAAGAUCAUCACUUCCCACCAACCGUUAUUCCGCCUUUUGUUCCUCCACUGAAUCUCACUCGUGUGUGUGUGCCGGAUGAUAGCACGACUUUCUCUUCUUAUGCCAUUCCACUCCCAACACCCACAACGGCAUUUAUAGAGAGUCGAAAGGGAUUGCGGGUGCGAACACGGCAACGUGCCCAUACCCGGUCUGGGGCCUUUACGGAUAAAAGUGAUGCCCUCGCCGGGGGCCGGGGGGCGGAGCGGGAGGCGAAUCAAUUAGCACGAAAGGCACAAAUUAAUUUAUUGUUGUUGGAAUCACAUGAAAGACGGGCACGGCGAUUACUCAUUCAUGAGGAGUCGGCCGCGUGGAAGAGUGUGGCGGACUAUUCACCUUUUAUAUGCUAG